GUCAAUCAUACUGUUUUCCGACUCUACAUCAGUGGUUUUGUGCUCUAUCGUGUGGUAAUAAAGGCUCUAGUGGUUUGCGUGAAUCGUCUUUAGUGGACAAAGGUCGUAUGUCAAAGGGUUAUGUGAUGUCAGUUCGUGACAACAGCAGUGUCGGUGUAUCUGUCCCCACCGGCGUUUGCUGCCGCGUGCGCAGGAGAAUGCAGUGUUUCGGAUUACGAGAAGCAGAAUGCGACGGCUGCAGCAGCGAGGGCGACGAGGGCCGCAGCAUCGGCGAGCUGCUGCUGCCUCAGUACACCCUGGCCACGGGCGGGCUGGCCAAGGACCACCGGCCGCUCAUCACCUUCCCCGACAACAACAACUUCCACCUCGUCUCCGCGCAGGAGUACCGCCGGCUGCUGCUCUAUCUCACGUCUGUGCCCUCAUUACUUGAAGCUGAUAUGGGCUUCCAUAUUAUCAUAGACAGAAGGAAAGACAGGUGGAAUUCUGUGAAGACUGUGUUACUUCGAAUCUCCGAGUUUUUCCCUGGAAUCAUCCACGCGGUAUACGUGCUGAGGCCAGCCAGCUUCCUCCAGAAGGCCUUGUCUGAGGUCAGCAGCAAACUCUUCAAGGAGGAGUUCAGGUUUCGGGUGCACGUGUGUUCAUCCAUCGACGAGUUGUACGAGUACUUCGACAGAUCUCAGCUCACGCCCGACCUGGGCGGGGAACUACAGUAUUCACAUUCAGAGUGGAUACAACAGCGAAUAGCCUUAGAAAAAUUUUCGACUCUAAUGAAGGAAAUAUCGAGUAAACUAGAUAACUUUAUGCACGAGAUAGUGGACUGCGAUAUGGGAAACGAUCCCACACAAACCAAAGAAUUGUUAGACUCUCAAGAAACUAGGUAUAAAGCUUUAAAAACGGAACUAGCGUCAGCAACAACGCAGGGCGAAGAAUUGUUGACGCAAGUGCGAAAACCAAAUCUUACUUAUAAUAUUAUUAGUCAUGUUGCUGCUGUUGAAAGAUUAUUGGUGCAACUUGAAGAGACUGAAAAACAAUUUGAUAAUUUCUGGCAGAAACAUUCCACGAAAUUAAAUCACUGGUUAAAAUUUAGAACGUUUUUAUUAAACUUUAAACAAAUGCAGGCGACUUUAGACGGCCAUCUAAAGACAGCGUGCGACAUGACCGAAGUGGGCGAGACGGCGAUCAGAGUGGACAACCUUAUACAAGAGGCCAACGACUUCGAGAAGCUUUGCAACUGUGACCUGGACACCGCUUCUUCUGUGAUUGAUGAUGGUGAAAAACUAAUGCAAGAUCCGCUAAGUUCUGUGGACCAUAUAGAGUCGAAGUGUGAAGAGUUGAGGAGAACGAGUGCUUUGCUCAUAGACAAGAUUCAGAAGAGAAAUAUGUUAUUAACAAAGGCGAGAGAACUUAUGGACAGGAUCGAUAAGGCGAACGAAUGGUGCGCGACUGGUGUUGAGCUGCUAGCAGGGGAGGGUGGUCUCAUAGCCGUGGACAAACUGCUGGAAGACGCCAAGAGCUUCGGGCUGACGGCUCCCGAGCAGUUCCGAGAGAUGCUGAUGCAGACCGCCACGCAGGAGACGAGGGCGUUGGUCACUCAGGUGGCCCAACGCGUAGAAGACGUCUGGCUGAUGGUCUCCGUGAAGAGAGCCACUCUUCAGCGGGCGGCCGCCAAGCCGGCCCGGCCGGUGCAGUCGGUGCCGCCCCAGAGCGCCGCCUUGGCCACACCAGCCAACCACCAGAUGGAAACGUCAGGAGGUUCAGAGAGCUCCGGCGGCGAAGAUGCGGAAGCACGGCGGUCCCGGCGUGGACAUGUUCUGGCAGAGCUGCUGCAGACAGAACGGGUCUACGUGCAGGAGCUGGGCUCCAUCCUCAACGGCUACAAAGAAGAGAUAGAGAAGCCAGAGAACCAGCACCUCCUGCCGUCGACGCUUGUGGGCCAGGCCGACGUGCUGUUCGGGAACCUCCACGAGCUCUUCACAUUCCACCAGGACGUGUUCCUCAAAGAUCUAGAACGAUCGAUAUCAGCGACAGAACUCGUCGCGCUGUGUUUUGUAGAUAAGAGGGAGACCUUCUUCAGAUUGUACAGUUACUAUUGUCAGAACAUACCGCGGUCGGAGCGACUACGGGAGACUUUGGUGGACACGCAUCUGUUCUUACAAGCGUGUCAACUACGACUAGGGCACAAGCUACCGCUUGCUGCUUACUUACUCAAACCAGUGCAGAGGAUCACAAAAUACCAGUUGCUGCUAAAGGACUUGCUGCGGUAUAGUGAGUGCGGCACGAUGACGACAGGCCUUCAGCAGGCGCUGGAUUGCAUGCUGGUGGUGCUCAAGUGCGUCAACGACUCCAUGCACCAGAUCGCCAUCACCGGCGUGCCUGUGGACCUAAGCCAGCAAGGCGAGCUGCUAAUGCAGGGCUCGUUCCUGGUGGUGUCAGAGAACAAACGCGACCUUAGACUGAGGCUGCGCCCGCGCCGGCGGCACAUCUUCCUCUACGAAAAGGCCAUGCUCUUCUGCAAGCCGGCGACUAAGAACAGCCACAAUAAAGCCACUUAUCACUUCAAACAUGAUCUCCAGAUGUCACAAAUCGGUCUAACAGAGUCGGUGAAAGGCGACCCGCGCAAGUUCGAAGUGUGGAGGCAAGGCCGCUCUGAGGUGCACACGAUCACUGCGCCCACAGUCGACGUGAAACGCGCGUGGGUCGACCGCAUCAAGCGAGUGUUGCUGGAUCAACUGAAAGAACUAAAGGGGGAGAGGGUGCGGCAGUACGGGACUCAGCAGCACCACAGAACACUAAUCCAGGCCAACUCUUGGGACAUGGGCCCGCCUACCACGCAAGCGCGGCCGCACGCGCCGCCCGUUAACCCCUCGCGCACCGCCUCCUGCGACAUGCACGAGGAGCCCUGCUGGUCCAGUGAGGCGUCCGAUGACGACGAAGAGGAGCCGGAACACGCGCCGGCGGUGGGGUGCUCUCUGGUGGCGCUGUCGGACUACACCGCGGUGGGGGCCAGCGAGGUGUCCCUGCGGGAGGGCCAGCACGCCGAGCUACUCAAGGUGGGCUGCGCUGGCUGGUGGUACGUGCGACUCGCAGGAGGCCACGGCGAGGGCUGGGCGCCGGCGGCGUACCUCGACCAGCGCAAGACCUCGCGCUCCUCCAGCCGCUCGCACGACCGCCUCCACGACCACUGAGCACCAGCGUCUGCUGCCCUCGACUCCUCCCGCGGCCGCAGCCGGCGAAGACGCACCGUCGCGUCGAAAUGACAUCCUCGGCCAACUCUAUCCACGGAUUCCACGGCCUCAUGCCUUAUUGUCAUUUUGAAAACGACAUUUUCCACCAUUACACCUCUUCAAAUUUUGUGGGCACUUAACCCCCGUUACGUUUAAACUUGUUCCUAUUUCCAAAUGCCUUGUUAACCCUACACUUGUAAAUUUAUUUUCAUUAUGUUCUUGAUUGUACAUUUUAUUUUUUAUUUGUUAAUGAUUUGACGUUGAAAGCGAAGUGUAGCUAGUUAGUAAGAUUAACGGAAAUUGUACAUUUUCGUCACAGAGCAAGUAGACGUUUCGUUAGUAUAGACAAAUUUUUGAUAGAAUUCGAAAGACGCACGACAGUAUCUCGAGCCAAGUUGCGCGAGGGCUUGUAGGCGAGGCGUUGACGUCACCCCCCACUUGUUGUUAAUGUCGAACAAUAAUAUUUGUUAAAUGUAUGUAAAUGUUGUUCUAAAAAGCUUUAUUGUAAAUUAGUGUUAGCAUAGUCCCGAGUUAUCGUUACGUGCGAGUAUCCAAAGCUAUGUAAAGCGUAGGGCGUUGUUGAGUAGUCGUGACUGUUCAUAUGUACUGUACAUACAUUUUAAUUUAAUUAUAGUAAUUUAUUUCGAUGCUAGACGAGCUUUCGGUGUUUGCGUCUCAAUUUUCCAUGACAGUUACUGUGGGUAUUGUUUUAUCCAAGUAUUAGGGACCUGUAUUACAUAGCCUGUCGUCGUAAGCCAUGUUUGUGUGAUCGACCGUUCUCAUAUCAUAUCUUCAUCAAAUCUUUAUAUUAGGUAUAUUAUUAUUAUACAAUUUAAUGCAUGAGUGCUGUUCGAAGUUACGAGCAAAGCGUGUGCAGGUGCAUUGUUUUAUUGCAUAUCUUAUAUUAUAUCGUGACAUCUUUAAAUACAUAUGUAUUGAUUACAAUUUACUAGUCGGGAUCUUUUACUUAUUUAUUUAUGAAAUCGUGUCAUAUUCAUCGGGUGCAUAUCAAGUUUUUCAUUCAAGCAUUGAUUUAAGUUUGGUGUGAUUUUCUUAAAGGAGUUGUUUAUUAAAUUAGAAUUCAUAUGGAAACAAUUUAUUUCUGUAAGUGCCUGAGUAACAAAAGAUUAAAAUAUUAUGAUAUGUACCCAUUUGUAUAUUUUUUCAUAUUGACGAUUUUUUUUCGACUUCGCUGCAUGCUUUUUGUGCCACAGUACCAGUACCUCUAGUAGGAAAAACUUUCGAGUUCGUUUCGUUGCGUAUUCAAAGUGUCAUCGAAAAAUUUUGUAUGAAAAAUUAAACAGCGCCCCCUAGGGCGGCUAUAAUAUAGGGGGCGCUGUUUAAUUUUUCAUACAAAAUUUUUCGAUGACACUUUGAAUACGCAACGAAACGAACUCGAAAGUUUUUCCUACUAGAGGUACUGUUAUCAAUAAUAAUUUGUACGAAACUUUCUUAUCAUUAAUUUAUGAUUUGUAAAAAGUUAUGUCCAUUGAAGCUGACCAUAAUUACACAGUAUUUGUCCAUUUA